AGUUUCUCGGCUCGCUGCGCGGUGCUGCUAUUCGGGCUGCGGCAGAGAUUUGGACUCUGAGUCAGACCCGGCGCUAAUGAGGAGGAAGAGGAUGAAUGUGCUGCCCUGGGCGUGUGCCAGGCUGCUCCUCCUGUCCCUGCUCUGCACCACCAGCGUCUGCCAAUGGAGCAAAAACAACCGCUGUGUGCUGUCCCGGGCCAAGAGCUGCACCGAGUGCAUCCGCGUGGACAAGGACUGCUCCUUCUGCACCGACGAGAGCUUCGAGGAGCCGCGCUGUGACCUGCGGGAGAACCUGCUGCGCUCGGGCUGCGGCGAGGCCAGCAUCGUGUACACCCAGGGGGAGAUGAGCACACUGAAGAAUUCCAGCAUCAACAUGUCCCUGCAGAGGACCCAGGUGUCCCCCCAGGCCAUGUACAUGCGGCUGCGGGCUGGUGAGGAGAUGAGCUUCUACAUGGAUGUCUUCCAGCCCAAGGAGAGCCCUGUGGAUCUCUACAUCCUCAUGGACUUCUCCUACUCCAUGUCUGAUGAUCUGGACAACCUCAAAAGCAUGGGGCAUAACCUAGCGGACUUCCUGCAAGCCCUGACUUCCAAUUACACCAUUGGAUUUGGCAAGUUUGUGGACAAAGUCUCAUCCCCUCAGACAGACAUGAGACCUGAAAAGCUGCGUGAGCCCUGGCCCAACGCCGACUCGCCGUUCUCCUUCAAGAACGUCAUCCGCCUGACCGGCAACAUCAACCACUUCAGCCAGGAGCUGCGCAAGGAGCGCAUCUCGGGCAACCUGGACCCCCCCGAGGGCGGCUUCGACGCCAUCCUGCAGACAGCUGUGUGCAAGGAUAAGAUUGGCUGGAGAAAGGACAGCACUCACCUGCUCGUGUUCUCCACCGAGUCUGCCUUUCACUAUGAAGCUGAUGGUACCAACGUCCUGGCAGGGAUCCUGGCGAGGAACGACGAGCAGUGCCACCUGGACAGCCACGGCACCUACGUGUACGACACCAGGCAGGACUAUCCCUCAGUGCCCACCCUCGUGCGCCUGCUGGGCCAGCACAACAUCAUCCCCAUCUUCGCCGUCACCAACCACUCCUACAGCUACUACGAGAAGCUGCACAAGUAUUUCCCCAUCUCCGAGAUCGGGGUGCUCCAGGAAGACUCUUCCAACAUCGUGGAGUUGCUCCGCACAGCCUUUGAGCGCAUCCGCUCCAAGAUGGACAUCCGGGCUGACUUCACCCCCAGAGCACUGAAGACAGAGUUCACCUCCCCAGAAUUUGAAAAGACAGAAUCUGGCUCCUUCCACAUCACCCGUGGAAAAGUGAGCAAGUUCCAGAUGCACGUGAAGGCUCUGGAGUACAUUGGAGGGCAGCACGUCUGCAGCCUCCCCGAGAGGGACCGGCACGGAGUCAUCCACGUGAAGCCCACGUCCCUGAGCGACAGCCUGACCGUGUCCACUGCCGUGGUCUGCGACGUGUGUCCCUGUGAACAGCAACAAGAGUUGGACUCGCCCAAGUGCAGUUUCCACGGGAACUUUGUGUGCGGGCAGUGCAUCUGCCACCCGGGCUGGCGAGGGGACACCUGCGACUGCUCCCCGGCGUCCUCCCCCAACAACGAGGGCUGCGUCCGGCCCGGGGAUGCGGAGCCGUGCUCGGGCAGGGGCGAGUGCCUGUGCGGCAAGUGCCAGUGCUACUCCGAGGGACACAGCCCGCGCUUCGACGGCGCCUUCUGCGAGUUCGACGUCCUGCAGUGCCCGCGCACCUCCGGCUUCCUCUGCAACGAUCGUGGCCGCUGCUCCAGGGGCGCCUGCGUGUGCGAGAGCGGCUGGGAGGGCCCGGGCUGUGAGUGCCCCACCAGCAACGACACCUGCAUCGACAGCCGGGGGGGCAUCUGCAAUAACCACGGCAGGUGUGAGUGUGGCAGGUGCAUCUGUGACAUGGCUUCGCUGUACACCAGCUCCACCUGUGAAAUCAGCUACUCCCUGGGCUUCCAGGCCGUGUGUGAGAGCAUCCGGGACUGCGUGCGCUGCCAGACCUGGGGGACCGGCAACCUGAAAGGGAACUGCAGCUCCUGCCACCUGCAGAUCCAGAUGGUGGAGGAGCUGAAGAAAGAGGAGGCUGGUGAGCACUGCUCCUUCCAGGAUGAGGAUGAUGACUGCACCUACCACUACACGCUGGAGGGAGACCCCAGCGUCCUCCCCAACACCACUGUCCGUGUGCAGAAGAAUAAAGAGUGCCCCCCUGGGAGCUUCCUGUGGCUCAUCCCACUGCUCAUCUUCCUCAUCCUGCUCCUGGGGCUGCUGCUCCUGCUCUGCUGGAAGUUCUGUGCCUGCUGCAAGGCUUGCCUGGCCCUGCUUCCCUGCUGUGCACGAGGUCGCACGGUUGGCUUCAAGGAGGAUCACUACAUGCUGCGGCACAGCCUCAUGUCCUCCGAGCACCUGGACACGCCCCUGGUGCGCAGCGGCUCCCUCAAGGGCCGGGACACGGUGCGCUGGAGGAUCCACAACAACGUCCACAGGCAGGGCGUCGCCUCCCCUGCUGCCGCCAGCCCCAAGGAGCUCGUUCCCUACGGGCUGUCCCUGAGGCUGGCCCGGCUCUUCACGCAGAACCUGAUGAAAGCGGACACGCGGGAGUUCGAGCAGCUGCGCAAGGAAGUGGAGGAGAACCUGAACGAGGUUUUCAAGCACAUUCCUGGCUGCCACAAGGUCCAGCAGACCAAGUUCAGGUUACAGCCUAAUUCUGGGAAAAGGCAGGAUCACACCAUUGUGGACACCGUGCUCACUGCCCCUUACUCAGCCAAGCCAGACAUCAUCAAAGCUGUGGAAAAACACGUUUCCCACGAGGCCUUCAAUGACCUGAAGGUUGCACCGGGUUAUUACACUGUGACCUCAGACCAAGAUGCUCAGGGAAUGGUGGAGUUCCAAGAGGGCGUGGAGCUGGUGGACGUCCGUGUGCCCCUCUUCAUCAGGGAUGAUGAUGAUGAUGAGAAGCAGCUGCAGGUGGAGGCCAUCGAGGUCCCCAAUGGCAUCGCAAAGAUUGGGCGCAGGGUUGUCAACAUCACCAUCAUCAAGGAGCAAGCCAGCAGCCUCAUCACGUUCCUGCAGCCAGCCUAUUCCCACAGCCGCUUUGACAAGCUGGCCAAGAUCCCUGUCCUCAGGGAGAUCAUCGACAACGGGAAAUCCCAGGUCACCUACAGGACCCGGGAUCUCACCGCCAAGAACGGCAGGGACUACCUCUUCACGGAGGGUGAGCUGGUCUUCCAGCCUGGGGAGACCCGCAAGGAGGUGCAGGUGCCCUUGCUGGAGCUGACAGAGAUCGACACCCUCCUCAACAACUGCCAGCUCAAGCAAUUUGCUGUCGACCUCCUGCACCCCAAGUACGGCGCCAAGAUCGGACGCUACCCCCAGACCACGGUGACCAUCGCUGACCCAGAGCUGGUGGAUGGUGUCCCCCCGAUGACAGGCCUGGCCCAGGUCCCCCAGUCCCCCAAAGGCCGCCUGGGUGCACCACUUAAUCCCGACGCCCGUGCCCUCAGCUCCAGGGAAAUCAGCUUCAACUGGUUUCCUCCACCAGGAAAACCCCUGGGCUACAAGGUGAAAUACUGGAUGCAGGGAGACCCUGAGUCAGAAGCCCAUCUCAUUGAUGUCAAAACCCCAUCAGCAGAGCUGACCAACCUUUACCCCUUCUCCGACUAUGAGAUGCAAGUCUGUGCCUACAACGCCAUGGGAGAAGGGGCGUACUCGGACAUCAUCCGCUGCCGCACGCUGGAGGAGGUGCCCAGCGAGCCCGGGCGCUUGGCUUUCAACGUCGUGUCUUCCACGGUGACCCAGCUGAGCUGGGGUGAGCCCGCAGAGACCAACGGGGUGAUCACAGCCUAUGAAGUCAGCUAUGGCCUGGUCAAUGAGGACAAUGUGCCCAUCGGGCCCCUGAAGAAGGUGCUGGUGGAAGAGCCCAAGAAGCGCGUGGUGCUGAUCGAGAACCUGCGCGAGUCGCAGCCCUACCGCUACAUGGUGAAGGCCAGGAACGGCGCGGGCUGGGGGCCACAGAGAGAAGCCACCAUCAACCUCGCCACGCAGCCCAAGAGACCCAUGUCCAUCCCCAUCAUCCCUGAUGUCCCCAUCAUUGAUGCAGAGGGAGGUGAGGACUAUGACAGCUACCUGAUGUACAGCGCAGACGUGCUCCGCUCUCCAGCCGGCAGCAAGAGGCCCAGUGUCUCUGAUGAUUCAGGCUCCAGGUGGAAAUUUGUGCCGUUGCUGGGGGAAGACCUGGACCUCCGCCGCAUCACCUGGAGGCUGCCCCCCGAAACCAUUCCCCGCCUGUCUGGCAGCAGCCGCUUCUCCUCGGACACCGAGGGGCUCCUCCCCGAGGAGGACAGCGCUGUGGCUGCUGGCACUGCGAGGAGGAGCGCCACGCCCCGGCCCCAAGCAGAGCACUUGAUGAAUGGCCGGGUGGACUUCUCCUUCCCUGGCAGUGGCAGUGGCACCCUGACCAGGACAGCCAACACCAGCUACCACCAGCUGAGCUCCCACGUGCACCAGGAGCACAGGGUGAUGGGCAGCUCCUCGCUGACCAGAGACUACUCCACAAUGCUGAUGGGGCACGAUUACCCAGGGACACUCCUCCCUCCCAUCCGUGAAGAUGCUGGGAGGACACUCCGGCCCCGGGACAUGGGUUUCAGGAGCAGGGCAAAGGUGAAGGGUUACUACCCCAGCAUUGGCUGUCGGGACUCUAUAAUCAUGACUGAUGGGUCCACAGGGAUGUGCAAGUUCAUAGACUCCAGGAAGCCCCUGGGCAUCCCUGACACCCCCACCCGCCUGGUGUUCUCUGCCCUGGGCCCCACGUCGCUCAAGGUGAGCUGGCAGGAGCCGCGCUGCGACAAGGAGGUGCAGGGCUACAGCGUGCAGUACCAGCUCCUCAGCGGAGGAGAGGUGCACAGGAUCACCAUCCCCAACCCCAGCCAGAACUCGGUGGUGGUGGAGGACCUGCUGCCCAACCACUCCUACAUCUUCAAGGUGAAGGCGCAGAGCGAGGAGGGCUGGGGCCCCGAGAGGGAGGGAGUCAUCACCAUCGAGUCCCAGGUGGACCCGCAGAGCCCUCUCAGCCCCGUGCCAGGUACCCCCUUCACCCUGAGCACCCCCUGUGCCCCUGGACCCCUGGUUUUCACUGCCCUCAGCCCGGAUUCUCUGCACCUCAGCUGGGAGAGGCCCCGCGAGCCCAACGGGCCCAUCCUGGGCUACAGGAUCACCUGUGAGAUGCUGCAUGGAGGAGGGGAGCCCAGGACAAUCUAUGUCGAAGGAGACAACCUGGAAACCACCCUGACUGUGCCCCACCUGAGUGAGAAUGUCCCAUACAAGUUCAAAGUGCAAGCCAACACCACCCAAGGCUUCGGGCCUGAGAGAGAAGGCCUCAUCACCAUUGAAUCUCAGGACAGAGGUGCUUUCUCCCAGUUUGGAGGACAGCAGUACAUGAGAGAAGUUUACAAAUUCCCCACUGACUACACCACCAAAACCAGCAUCAGCCAUUCCUCUCUGGAUCCCCACUUCACAGACGGGAUGCUGGUGACCACGCAGCACGUGGAGAGCUCCAGCAGCACCCUGACCCAGGAGUUUGUGAGCCACACGGUGCUGGCCAGCGGGACCCUGAGCCAGCAGCUGGAGAGGCAGUUCUACGAGGCCUGA